AAGAGCAAAAUCAGUGAUGAGAUGGACCUGAAGAAGCGGAUCCAGUCCCUGGAGGAGUCCAUGGAUCUCCACGAGAGGAUGAAGAGGCAGGCGCUGGCCGAGUUCGAGAGCUACCGCCAGCGGGUGGAGGACAUGCAGCUCUGUACCGAGGCUCAGCACACGCAGCGCGUGGUGUCCAUGUCGAGGGAGGUGGAGGAGAUGAGGCGGUCUUUUGAGGAGAAGCUGCGAACGUUCAGCCAGGCCCAGGCUCAGUUUGAGCAGGAGAAGAGAGCCGCUCUGGAGGAGCUGAAGGCUGAGCACAGACAGGAGAUCCAGGAGAUCCUUCGCAGCCAUCAGAGUCAGAACGCAAACUACAGCAAAGACCAGGAAAAACUGGGGCAGCUCCAUAAAGCCGAGGUGGAUUCUCUGACGGAGCGGGUGGAGGAGCUCAAACAAGACAAGAAGAGAUUAGUAGAGGAGUACGAGGCCAAACUCAGCAAGGCUCAGGCUUUUUAUGAACGCGAGCUGGAGGCCAUGAAGAGAACCCAGCAGCUGACGGCCGACAACCUGCUGGCGUGGAAACGCACCGAGGCUGAGCUGCGGCGUGAGUUUCAGACUCAAGAGGCGGCGCUCCAAAAAACCCUGGGAAAACUGAGGUCCGAACUGGCCCGGGUAACGGAUGAAGCUCGGGAGAACCGGGAGAAGUCCUUCAAGCUGCAGACGUCGCUCAACGCAGCAGAGAGCAAUAUCAAGGAUUUAACCAAGCAGCUGGAUGAGGUGACCCAGAACUCAGAGAUCAUAGAGAUCCGUCAGAAGGAGGCCGAGUGUGAGCUAGAGGCAGCCAGAGACCGAGUCCAGCAGCAAGCAACAGAAAUCCUCCUCAAAGCCAGUCAGAUAAGCAGCCUGCAGGCCACCCAGAUGACCCAGGAGGCAGCCAUCAGGGACCUGGACAACGAGCGAAGCCGGCUGAAGGAUAAGGUGCUGAGGAUGGAGGAAGAGAGGGAGGCCCUGCAGAACCAGAGCCAAGCCCUGGAUGAGCGGCACAAGCAGCAGAUCCAAUCCCUCGAGAAGACCGUCCACGAGGAGAAGGCGUCCCACGAGAAGGACAUGAGCAACAUACGAGCUUGCUACGAAGAGGAGGCCAACCAGAUGAAGGACAGCCAGGCUCGGGCUCUGGAGGAAGUCACCAAGAAGCACAGAGUGACCCUGGAGAACGCCCUGACCAACGCAGAGAGGGACAAGAACCGCCUGCUGGCUGAGAUGGAGCUGCAGUUUGACAGGGAGCGGCUCUCUCUGGAGGAGCAGAAGACGCUCCUCGGUCAGCAGCUGGAGGAGCUGCGAGACGAGCUGACGUCCAAACUGCAGGCCGCCACCGCGGAGGUGUCUCGGCUACAGCAGGAGGUACAGAAGGGGGAGCAGAACUUUGGAACAGCUGAGGGGCAGAUCUCCACACUGAAGGAGGCGCAGGACAAACUACUGGAGGAGCUGGACGCCACCCGGGCCCGGCUGAGAGAGACCAGCAACCUUCUGACCGCCCUGCAGGGAGAGCUCGAAACCCAAAAACGUCAACAUGAAGCCAAACUCAUCACCACAAAAGAAGAAGAAAAGCUGAAGAUGGACAAGAUGGCGCUGGAGCUGGAGCUGAAAUGGACCGAAACACUCAGGCAGGAGUGUAAGAAGCUCCGCGAGGAGAUGAGAGAGGAGCACGAGGAGGACAAGGUUUCGGCUCUGUCUCAGCUGGCACAAAGUAAAGAGCAGGAGCUGAACAGUGCCAGAGAGAGCUGGCAGAGGAAAGUGGAGGACCUGCUGGAACAGAUAUCCCUGCUGAAGCAAAGCCUGGAGAUGCAGCUGUCUCAGUCGCAGUCGUCUCUGCAGCAGCUGCAGCACCAGUUCAGCCAGGAGCGGGAGCACCUGAGGAUGCAGCUGGACGAGCUGCAGACGGAGCAUCAGAGGCGGCAGCAGCGGCUGCAGGAGGCCCACCGCUGCGCCAUGCAGGACAUGGAGCACGCCAGGCAACGAGACCUGAAGGACCUGGAGGAGCGUCUGCGCCACCACCACCUCGCAGAGCUGCAGUCGCUCAGAGAGGCUCACCGGCAGAGCAUCGAGACGCUCAAGCAGCAUUCAGAGCAAGAGCUGCAAACGCUCCGCUUCGAGCUGGAAGACGAGGGCAAAGCCAUGCUGGCCUCUCUGCGCUCAGAGCUGAACCACAUCCACGCCUCGGCCAUCGAGCACCUGCGACAAACCCACCACCAGGAGUCGGCCGCCGCCAAAUCUGAGCUGGAGAAAACUCUGGACAACAACCGGACUCAGGAGCGUGAGCUGCUGAGCCGGAUCUCGGAGCUGCAGGAGGAGGUUUCCAGGAGGAAAAACCACAUCGCUCAGCUGGACCACCAGAUCCACACCCUCAACGAGAACAUCAGCACUCUCACCAAAGAGCUGGAGCUGAAGGGCAAGGAGGUGCUGAAGAUCCGCAGCGAAGCCAAUCAGCAGAUCCGGGCUCACGAGCAGGAAGUGGUGAAGAGACACGAGCGGGAGCUGACGGAGCUGAGCGCGGCCCACAGCAGAGAGACGCAGAACAUGCUGUCAGACUUCAACAAGGCACAAGAGGUGCUCAAAGACAAGAUCUCCGCCCUGCAGAUUCUGUUGGAAGGAACAGAAGAGAAGUUCAGAAACCGAGAGAGCCGUCAUGAAGACCUGCAGGUCAUCGCUGAGCUGAAGGACAUGGUCACAGAGAGAGAGUCUCUGGUCAAAAAACUGGUGGACGAUAAGAAGUUCUACCAGCUGGAACUCGUCAACAGGGAGACCAACUUCAACAAAGUGUUCAACACGAGUCCUAACGUAGGAGUCAUCAACCCACUCAUCAAGCCCUCCUGAAACGAAGGACUCCGCCAUCGACGCCACAGACGCCCAGCGCCAGGAGUGGUUCGCCCAGUACUUUUCCUUCUGAUUGACCACAAGCUUCCAGACUCGAGGAUUCAGCAUGUCAACCAAACUUGGAACAAAAAAAAAAAAAAAAAC